GUGUGCCAGUUGUUAGCUAGACCGGACAAGGUCGCCUCGCCACACGCUGGAUUCAGAGUUCAACGACAUCUGCGAGGGAAAGGGCGAUUUGUUCAUCAGAAGAUGGGAUGCCAUCAUCAUUCCACAUCUGAUCGACGUUGCGCUUAAGGAGAAGAGUGAAAUUGCUGCCCUCGUUCAGGGAGUGACAGACCUUACAGAUGAUGAGAAGACCUACAAGAUGUUGGUUGUACUAACUCGUCUUCUGCCUCCAGUCGCCUCCAGUCGCUGCAGUGUCAAGUCGGCAAUCACCCAUCUUAUUGAUUUUGUACCCACUGGAACUAACAUCUCGACACUCUGUGAUGCCACUGAGUCUGAGGGCAAAGCACUCCAGCCACAUCUCGUUUCUGUUGGUCGCUUCGAGGAUGCAGCACAGCAGUACGUCAUCGUUGGGAAGAGUGACAAAGUCAUCAUUCCACUGGACGAAGAUCUCACUGGUGCUGUGGACAAACUGUUCAAGGUCUUCUGGGUCUGCAACCUUUCAUAUCCACCUGAACUCUCCUCAGUUUUUGCAUUCUUGGAGUGUGUCUACAAUAUCCCUCUCUCCACAACCAGGAAGGCGCGGGUAAUGGACCUAAUUUCCAAAAUGAACUCAGUUCAGUAAUCAUAACAGCAAUGUAUAUUUGUCCAAAAUGCAAUAUGUGCUUCAAGCAGAGGCACUUGCGUGAAGUGCAUGCAUUGUCAGAUCAAUUAGACUUCACUCUGAUUUGCAGCCAGGAUGGUUGCCCUAGGACAUACCAAUGUAUUAAUUCUUUUUCCAAACACUUGAAUCGACAACACAAAUGUACAAAUGAUUUUGAGGAUCAUCAGCCUUAUCCACAGCCUUAUCCUCAGCCUGAUCCACUACACGCCACCUCAUCAGAAUUGCCUCGUCAAAAUGAAGCUGAAGAGCUCUCCAACAAUAACUGUUGUGCAGAGGGCAUUGUUGAGCCUGAACGCUCUCUGACCAGGCCCAAGGGGGCUACAGCAAGAUUUGUUGCAAAAAUGUAUAGUGGUUCAAAUGUUAGCCUCACUGAUGUAACCCGAACUGUAAACAACGUGAAGGACCUAAUGGAAUCUACUGUAAGUGGAUUGCAAGAUUCAGUCAUUUCAACUUUAAAAAGUUUGGGUGUGCCAGAGAACGAUGAAAGGGUGCAGUCGCUCAUGUGUGACUUUGAGAGUGCCAAACACACGUUUGAUGAAAUUGAUACACCCCAUAAAAUGAGCACAUAUUUCUCAGAUAAAUUGGAUAUGGUACAGCCUAAAGAGAUUUUUCUCGGUCACAGAACAGAUACAUUACGAAAAGAUGGUCAGAUAAAGCAGGUUUUAGCACCUGAUACUUGUCAAUAUAUACCAAUUAUUGAUACGAUUCAGUUUCUCUUCUGUAAUGAUCAGAUGCAGCAACUAUACUUUCAAAGCAAGAAAAGAAAAGAUAACAAAAUGACAGAUUACAGUCAUGGUUCACGGUUUUUGUUAAAUCCAUUGUCUUGCUUGCAUCCUGAUUUUCUUCAAAUUCAGUUAUACUACGAUGAUGUUGAAACAACAAAUCCGUUAGGAUCCAAGACCAAGAUCCAUAAGAUGGGUGCAGUCUACUUUGUGAUAAGGAACUUGCCACAGCAAUUUACUUCAUCUCUGUCUCAUAUUCACCUUUGCCUCCUCUUCAAUUCCAUAGACAGGGAGACGUAUGGCCUUGGUAAAAUAAUGGAGCCUUUGCUGGAAGACCUUAGACAACUUGAGAGUUGUGGUGUUGACAUAAAUGUGAAUGGGCAAAAUCACAAGUUGUAUGGGACCAUAACAGUUUUAACUGCAGAUAAUUUGGCAAUGCACACCUUGUGUGGUUAUGUGGAGAGCUUUAGUGCUAAUAAGCCUUGCCAGUUCUGUUUAAUUGACAAGGAAGAAAUGCAGACUGUGUCGUAGAGCUGGGCGGUGUACGGUUUAAAAACCGUGAUCUCGGUUUACACUACACAAGGUUCUCUUUUUGAUAAGAGACGGUUUUGUUGUUGUUGUUUAUAGCCUACUAUGUUAUGUGCGUGAGCUUCAUACUCCGUGUCACACUUCCAAAGAUUCUUCUAAUUCAUAAGUCUCUGACACUUCAUUUCAACUCUGCUAAGUCCACUGUUGUUGCUGUUCUACUAGGGAAUGUCACCACAAUGUAAGAUGUUGAUUGAGCUAAUAAAAUAAUUGGUUACGCGCUA